UAAUUCUAUUCAAUUUUACUUUAAAAAAAUGUUGUCUAAACUAGUCUUGCUCAUGCAAGGCCUUUUGGCCAUGAUUAUUUUGAUCUCUUCCAUGGGAGAAGCUAGGAACUUGGUUGAGGUCGUUACAAAGAAAAAUAAUGAUGGUGGAAGUUCUGAUUCUCUCAUACCUGGACUUCCAGACAUUCCUGGACUCCCACCCAUUCCAAGCAUUCCCGGGAUUCAAUUCCCGCCCUUUGGUAUUCCAUGCAUUCCUGGAUUUCCACCCAUUCCUGGAAUCCCGUGCACCCCAAUUUCAAUACCACCUUUUCCAAAAAUUCCAGGCAUUCCCAGCAUUCCAGGAUUUCCCAGUCCACCUUCUGAAUCUUCCAAACUCGAGGUUGCUACAAAGAAAAAUAAUGAUGGUGUAAAUUUUGAUUCUCUCAUACCUGGAUUUCCGGACAUACCUGGAAUCCCACCCCUUCCAACCAUUCCUGGAAUCCCAAUUCCACCCAUCGGUAUUCCAUGCAUUCCAGGAAUCCCACCCAUUCCUGGGAUCCCAUGCACCCCAAUUUCAAUACCACCUCUUCCAAAAAUUCCAGGCAUUCCCGAUAUUCCAGGAUUUCCCAGUCCACCUUCUGAAUCUUCCAAACUCGAGGUUGCUACAAAGAAAAAUAAUGAUGGUGUAAAUUUUGAUUCUCUCAUACCUGGAUUUCCGAACAUACCUGGAAUCCCACCCCUUCCAACCAUUCCUGGAAUCCCAAUUCCACCCAUUGGUAUUCCAUGCAUUCCAGGAAUCCCACCCAUUCCUGGGAUCCCAUGCACCCCAAUUUCAAUACCACCUCUUCCAAAAAUUCCAGGCAUUCCCGACAUCCCUGUAAUUCCAACGCCUCCUUCUGAAUCAUCAUAAUUUGCCUCCUAAAACAUUAUGUUUUUCUU